UCCCCGUGCUUGUGCUGCUGCAGAUGUUGAUGUUGUGGUGGUGGACGGGUGAAACUACUGAUCGCUAGUUUACUUUUUUUUUCCUACUUAUAAUUUUGCUCUUGUCAUUGGGGUUUUCUCUCUCUGCGCUUCUCCAGGGGAGAGCAGCGUAGGGAACUGAUGAUGGCGGACUUUGAUGAGAUCUACGAGGAGGAAGAGGACGAGGACAGGGCCGUGGAGGAACAGCUGCUCAAGUACUCUCCGGACCCGGUGGUGGUGCGCGGAUCCGGCCACGUCACAGUUUUUGGACUUGGCAACAAAUUUGAGUCCGAGUUUCCCUCAUCAUUAACCGGAAAGGUUGCUCCAGAGGAAUUCAAAGCCAGCAUUAACAGGGUUAAUAGCUGCUUAAAAAAGAACCUUCCUGUCAAUGUGCGAUGGCUGCUUUGUGGCUGUCUUUGCUGCUGCUGCACUCUUGGCUGCAGUAUGUGGCCUGUCGUUUGUCUCGCCAAAAGAACACGAAGAUCGAUCGAGAAGUUGUUAGACUGGGAAAACAAUAGGUUAUACCACAAGCUGUGCUUGCACUGGAGGCUGAGCAAAAGGAAAUGCGAAAGGAAUAACAUGAUGGAAUAUGUCAUCCUAAUAGAAUUUUUACCGAAGACCCCAAUCUUCCGACCAGACUAGCAUUUGAUCUGUUUGAGACUCAUUUCAGUGUGUUUUCCUUCCAAUGGUGCCUUGCUUGGUACUGUCCUGGUGGUGAUAUAGAAAUUAUCUGACAGAACCUUGUGGUUACAAUAGAAGCGUUUUCCACUUCCCACACAGCUUCCAAACCAUAGAUCCUCGAGUCUUACCCUCCAUCACCUGUCUUGCUUUGUACUUGAACACACCCUGAAUCUGAAUAAUAGAAAAGGAAAACCUCCAGCUUUUGCUUGCCUGAAAACUUGUACAAAUCAGCAGUUGUUUGUUUGUUUGUUUCAUCCUUGUAUAAUGCUGAUUUAAAAUAUUUAAUGGGAAACACUACCUUAGUUUGCCCUUAUGUUUUCCAUCAUGUGUUAAACAUUCCCACAGUUAAAUGUAUCUGUUUUCUACAUGCUAGCUUAUCUAAAAUCAAAGAGCUCACCUAUUAUUUUAUAAUGAAUCUUGUCAGCUGGUUCUGCAAAAGAUCUACCUUAUUACUCUUAGAAAUGUAAAUGUUUUUAUAUGGAAACAAAAUCAAUAGGGUUUUUGCAUGUUUCUGACCAUUGCUGAGGCUCAGGACCUUAAAAUGCACUAGUGUUGCAGUCUAGAAUGGAUAUAUUCUCUUUUUCAGGUAGGUGCCAUAUUUAAUGGCUUUAUUUUUGAUUAUUUUGUUUGCUUUUUUUUUUUUUUUUUGAUACAUGGGGGUGUACAAAUAUCAGAUGUUUACUUUUUACCAGUAUAAUUUAGUGUAUGUAUAGUGUUAACUGUAACGUGUUUGGGUUCUAUAACUAUGACAAGAAUUGCGCUGCGGCAAACGCAUAACUGUUGAAAGGUCAAGUUAUGUAACAUUCAUCAAUACUGUCACACAUUGAUCUAAUACUAUGCUCAAGCAUUUUGAAAUCUAAGGUAUUGUUAAAUUUACCUUAAGGCAAAAACUGUGCCGUUUUGUUUUUCCCAAAUAAUGUGUGAACAGAUAUUUUUUCACCCCUCAGUUUAGAUCAAUGUAUUUUUUUGCUUUCUUUUUUUUGGUAUUAACCUGUAUUUUUAUUUUAUUUUUUGUAAUAUAUUUUAUAACAAACACUGUAUCGGUUGUCCUGAAAUGCUUUCAGUAUGAAUUAUGAAACACCUUACAAAUGUGGAGAGAUGUGUAUCUGUUGCCUUUUAUACAACAGAUUAUUUCUUCAGAAAGGUCAGUCUGUAAUCUUCAUUCACGGUAAUAGUUUUAAGUAAACAUUUAAACUUAUUUAUGCAAAAUGAUUUUUUUUUUCUUACACUAUACGUAUAAAGAGCAUGAAAUAAGUUCAUGCUUAUUACAAUGAAAAUAAAAAAUCUGCUG